AUGACUAUCACCGUCCCUUUGAUCAUCAACGGCAAAGAGGAAGCCACUUCGACCUCUUUCGACGUCGUCAGCCCCUAUACAAACCAGACAUGCUGGACCGCGGCCGCAGCCACCCCGCAGGAUGCCAUACGGGCCGUUGAGGCCGCCGACGCCGCCUUCCCCGCCUGGUCACAAACCAAGCCAACCUUGAGACGAGAUCUCCUGCUCAAGGCAGCAGACCUAUUAGAGCAGCGUCUCGAACAGAAUGCCGAGUACAUGCGGACCGAGAUGGGCGCCGAUGUUGGUGCAUCGCAGGGCUUCGUCGUCCCGUUAGCUAUCCGCAUGCUGCGCGAUGUCGCAAGCCGAAUAACCUCGAUCUGUGGAAGUGUUCCUAUCGUCGAGGCUGAGGGACAGAGCGCAAUUGUUUUCAAGGAACCCAUGGGUGUUAUUCUGGGUAUUUUGCCGUGGAACGCACCUUACGUCUUCGGGAUCCGCUCUGCUGCAUGCGCACUCGCAGCUGGUAACACGACCAUCUUGAAAUCCUCCGAGCUGACACCACGCUGUUACUGGGCUAUUGGUCGUGCUUUCGAGGACGCAGGUCUACCCGCCGGCUGCCUGAAUGUUCUACACUGUCGUCCGCAGGAUGCAGCGGAGGUAGUCAAUGCCAUAAUUGAGCAUCCGGCCGUCCGCAAGAUCAAUUUCACCGGUAGUACGGCUGUAGGCCGCAAGGUCGCGCGAACAUGCGGGCAGAACCUGAAGCCGUGUUUAAUGGAGCUAGGCGGGAAGAAUAGUUCCAUUGUAUGUGCUGACGCAGACUUGACGACGGCCGUGCAGGGUGUUCUCGCUGGUGCCUUCUUAAACUCUGGCCAAAUCUGCAUGGCUACAGAUCGUAUCCUCGUGCACUCCUCAAUCGCACCUGCAUUCACGGAAGCUUUGAAAUCUGCCCUCACGUCCGGCACAGAUACCUCAUCCCUGCCCCCGACACUCGUCAACACUGCAUCCAAGGCCCGCGUCGAGGCUCUAAUGUCCAGCGCCGUGACCUCAGGCGCACACUUUAUCUCUGGGUCCGCUAAAACCAAUGUCCCAGCAGAUGCAGGUGUCCGGCUAGCGCCAGCCAUUCUGGGUGGUGUCAAAGAAGAUAUGGCCGUAUGGCAGGAAGAAGCAUUCGCCUCCGUAGCCGCAUGCAUGGUCUUUGAAAGUGAAGACGAGGCGAUCCGCCUGGCGAAUAGUAGUGGGUAUGGAUUGUCGGCGUCUGUGUUUACGGAAGAUUUGAGGAGGGGGUUGGCGAUGGCUAAAAGGAUUCAGUCUGGGGCUGUGCAUAUCAACAGUAUGACGAUCCACGAUGAGCCCGUUCUUCCGCAUGGAGGCGUGAAGAAUAGUGGAUGGGGUCGAUUCAAUGCGGCGGAGGGGUUGAAUGAGUUCUUGUCGACUAAGAGUGUGACUUGGAUGGAUUAA